AUAUUACCGUGUUUCUGUGUAAACAUUUAGCGUUAAAUAGCGUUAAUUUGUGCCAUUAAAUAUAAUAACAAUACACGACAAGUACAAAAACGUGUGCGGAACCUUUCUUUCCGUGUUUAAGACGGAACUACUUGCGUGUUGCACCACUGUUAUGUAUGAGACCCUCAAACAUGUUGGGUAAUGUGUGUUUCUGUCCGACGGUGAAUGACUGCUGAGCUCAUUAUAGAAGGUGAGUUGCUCCCUGCUGUCUCAGCUUCAGGUGUGGCCUGAUUGCAGUACCGGCCAUGCUGCUACCUCUGCUGGUGCGUCAGUCCCUCUGCCGUCCUCAGACGCCUGUGCUGUUUCUGCGAUGCGUCCGGACGCUUCGGUGUGAUGCUCCACAGGUGCUGCACUCUCAGGAUGAGCACUUCCUGCGGCGGAGGCUUCCUCUGCGCUUCCACACUCAGAGCCGUGGCGCCAAGAGCCGAAAGAGGCAGAGUAAGAGCCAAGAGGAAGAGUGGAAAACCAGGAACAAGACGGUGCUGACGUAUAUCGUCGCCGCCGGGGUGGGGAUGAUCGGCCUGUCGUACGCUGCAGUGCCGCUCUACAGACUCUACUGCCAGGCGUCCGGGCUCGGCGGCACGGCGGUGGCCGGCCACGACGCAGAUCUGGUGGAGACGAUGAAGCCGGUGAAGGAACGCGUCAUCAAGAUCACGUUCAACGCCGACACGCACGCCAGCAUCCAGUGGAACUUCAGGCCGCAGCAGACAGAGAUCUUUGUGGUUCCAGGUGAGACGGCGCUCGCCUUCUACAGAGCCAGAAACCCCACAGACAAACCCAUCAUCGGCAUCUCCACCUACAACGUGGUGCCCUUUGAGGCGGGACAGUACUUCAACAAGAUCCAGUGUUUCUGCUUCGAGGAGCAGCGUCUGAACCCUCACGAGGAGGUCGACAUGCCCGUCUUCUUCUACAUCGACCCGGAGUUCGACGAGGACCCGAGGAUGGCCCGAGUGGACACCAUCACUCUGUCCUACACCUUCUUCGAGGCCAAGGAGGGUCAGAAGCUCCCUCUGCCGGGAUACAGCUACAACUGACAGAGAGGACGCCGAAAAACUCAACCCGGACCUGUUUGUGGGGUUAUUAUUAGAGUCCGAGCAACAGAAAAGCAGAGAAAAAUAAUCCAAGACUCUUUUUUUUCUUUGAAAUGGAAAUAUCUUCAGUAACAGUUAGUCAAUUCAUAGAUUAGUUGCCAACUAGUAAAUUAAUCUGCAAAAUGCGACCGGAUGCAGCAGGACAUUCUGGUGUUUUUAGCAUCUUUUUCUGGCAUAUUAAAUAGUCUGGUAGUCUGGAUACUGGAACGCACCCAGCGAGCAACAUUUUUCAGCAUUUUCUGACAUUUUAGAGACAAACAACUAAUUGAUUAAUUGAUAAAACUAAAAAAAAACAUUUGUUUUCAGCCUCUGAGACUUAUUUUGUGUAGAAGAAGAAAAAGACAAAUCCUGCAUUGUCUCUUUUGUUCACAGAAAUUUAAAAAUCUCUGAAAAAUCUCUGGAAAAAAAGUGAUCUGUGAUUCAUAUACAGAUAAAUUAAACUCGCUCUUAUUUUACACGAGUUCACAAUGUUUUUAGGCCUUAAUAAAAGACAAAAUGAUUCUUUUGUGAGAUCUGAUAAAAACUAAACCUGUUUUUGGAUUCUGAUACAUGCCGAGCAAACGCCAAAUGUAAAAACAAAACUUUUCUUUCUUGGAAAUGAAUAUAAUCUUUAAUACAUCAGCUACUAAAAAAAGACGUUUACGCUGAAAAACAUUUGUUUUCAUUAGGUUUCUUAUUUUGCUUAAAACAAGAAAAAGUUGCACCAUAAUGGGUCUUUUCAAAGUGCAGCGUCUCUUUUGUACAGAUUUUAUCCCAGAAAUUAAUUCAUGGAAAAUUCCCUAAAAACCAAACAAACAUGUGUUUGUGUGUCGAUUCUAGAAAAUUCCUGAAAGAACUUAAAAGAAUUAGAAACAGAUAAAUUAAUCUCACUUUUAUUUUACGAGUUAAAAAGGUUUUCAGACUUUAAUAAAAGGUAAAAUAUUUCUUUGUAGGUGUAAUAUUUCUAAGAGAAGAGAACCUGGAUUAUUUUUCUACAUUUCACUUGCAGAUGUUUGUUUUUCACGUCGCUUGUGGUCGAAGUGAGGCGUCGACUGUUCAGGAUGAAACUUCAGGAGUCGAUGCUGCGAUGGACAAAAGUUCAGAGACCGAACUGUUUCAAACUGUCGGUGUGUGUGUGUGUGUGUGUGUGUGUGUGUGUGUGUGUGUGUGUGUGUGUGUGUGUGUGUGAGUGAGUGAGAGAGAGAGUGAAUGUAUAUAAAUCAGAACAUUUAUAAUUUAACAGCUACUGUUUCUUCUGAUAAACAGUUAUAAUUAAUUGCUCUUUAAACUGAAAAGAAAUCAAUAAAUUAUGACAAAUUAAA